UAAAUCAAUCAAGAUUGUUUAUGGCCAGCUCCAGUAGUUCUAGAAGUGAAACCGAAAAUGGCAUUCAAAUUACAAGUGAUGGAAAUUAUAAAACCCAAUUCAUUGAGAUGUCAGCCAUAGGUUCGGGUGGUUUUGGGACUGUAUUUAAAGUAAAGCAUAAAUUGGAUGAUAAGAUAUAUGCCGUUAAAAGACAUAAAUUGGAUGAUAAGAUAUAUGCCGUUAAAAGAGUACAAUUUGGGGAAAAUAAAGAUAAAUAUCUGAAAGAAGUGAAAUGUUUGGCAAAACUUAAUUCAGAAUAUGUCGUUCAGUAUUACAACUCAUGGCUCGACGGCAACACCAAUGAGUUGUACAUUCAGAUGGAGUAUUGCCCGCAAAAUCUGCGCUCAGUAUUGGACGAUAAAUCGCUAACAUUUAUAAAGAAAUCAUCGGUAGAAUCGAUGAAUCCAUUCGAGUAUUACAUUUCAUGUGAAAUAUUCAAACAAAUCCUAGAAAGUGUUCAGUAUUUGCAUGAAUCCAACCCUCCAGUUAUUCAUCGGGAUCUCAAACCCGAUAAUAUAUUAAUUGAUCCCAACAUUAGAUCCAAUCGUAUCAUAAAACUGUGUGACUUUGGUUUGGCCACCGAACACAACAUCAAUGGACACAAUACCAGCCGAUAUGGCCACACAUCAGGUGUGGGCACCAUUGCAUAUAUGGCACCCGAAGUGCUUUCAGGCGGUGUUUAUAACCACUUAUCAGACAUUUAUAGUCUGUCUAUAAUCGGCCAGAAAUUGCUUGGUAUUGAUCUUCUUGCCUCUCAAACAUUUGAAGCCAAAGACUCAGUGAUUAAGAAACCGAUACAUUGUUUGUAUAAAAUACUGGAGAAAAUGAUGUCAACUCCGCGAUGGAGACAACGGCCUGAGUGUCGGGAAGUGUUGGCCACACAUAACGAGUGUGGCUUGAGUGUG